AUUAUACAGAAAAUUUUGAGAGAACCGCCACCUCCGCCCUUCUCCUUCAUGUCGCAGGUUUUAUUCUUCUCGGCCGCCUCUGUAUUCACUCAGGUUUUGUUCAUUUUCAAUUGCAUUUUCUAUCUUUUUAUCGAGAAACCCCAAAUCUCCAUUAAACCCUAUUUCUCUCAUCUCCAAAAGAAUUCUCGAACCCUAAUCACUGCCACUGCUAGCCGUUAUCCUUCUUCUGAUCCUAACUCCUCCUCUGAAUAUUAGUGUACCAAUGAUUUUCUGUGUAUAAAAUGUGGAAAAAUUAUUUGAUAUGUUCUAUAUGUUGAUGAUUGCAUAUUUUAUUAUUAAGUAGUUGGAAAAUAAAUCGCUAUUGUGGAGUGGACUUCAUUCAUAGUGAUGAGAAGAAGAAUCCCCUCCCUGCUGCUACUGAAACAACCUUUUUCAACCAUCACACACAUCCAACUCUCCUUUCUCCUUCCCCUCCAAACUCAUCAUUCAUUCUUUCGCUCCUUCAAAUCCCAAUCCCUCCCUCCCCCAGAACUCGUCCAACCUUUCUGCGACCUCUCCGACGUCGUUUCCUCUAAACAAAACCUCCAGCCUUCCCCAUGGUUCACACAAAUCCUCAACCUUCUCGACAAUUCCCCUACAAUGGAAUCAAAUCUCGAUUCCUUCUGCCGUCAAUUCCUCGUCACACUCUCCCCUUCCUUCGUCGCCCACACUCUCCGUUCCAUCAACAACCACCACACCGCCCUUCGUUUUUUCACUUGGGCUUCCAACCAACAUAACUAUUCUCAUUCCCUUGAUUGCUACGUUUCGCUAAUCAACCUCCUCUUACUCUCCCCCACCACAACCACUACAACCGCUGCAUUAAAUGUUUUCGCCGAACUUCAACGUAACCGCCUCCCUCUUACACCACCAGCUGCCAAUUCUCUAAUUAAAAGUUUCGGUAAUGCCGGUUUGGUCAACGAGCUUCUGUUGGUGUGGCGUGGAAUGAAUGAGCAAAGCAUUCAACCAAGUCUUUUCACUUACAAUUCGCUUCUUAAUGGACUCGUUGGUUCUUCUCUCAUUGAAUCUGCAGAGCGUGUUUUCGACGCAAUGAAGGAAGGAAGAACAAAGCCUGAUGUUGUUACUUAUAAUACUUUGAUCAAAGGUUAUUGCAAAGUGGGGAAAACGCGCAAGGCGAUUGAUAUGGUUCGUGAAAUGGAGGUAAUUAACUUGGAACCUGAUGUUGUUAGUUAUAUGACAGUAAUGCAGGCUUGUUAUGCUGAAGGUGAUGUUGAUUUUUGUUUGAGUCUUUACCAUGAGAUGGAGGAUAAAGGAUUGGAAGUUCCUUCUCAUUGUUAUAGUUUGGUGAUAUGCGGGCUUUGUAAGAUGGGGAAGGUGUUAGAAGGUUAUGCUUUGUUUGAGAAUAUGAUUAGAAAUGGUUGUAAGGGUAAUAAGGCUGUUUACACUGCUUUGAUUGAUUGUUAUGGGAAGACUGGGAAUUCUGAUGGGGCUUUGAGGUUGUUUGAGAGGAUGAAAAUGGAUGGGAUUGAACCUGAUGAGGUUACUUAUGGCGCUAUUGUUAAUGGGUUGUGUAAGAGUGGGAGAGUGGAGGAAGCUUUGGGUUAUUUUCACUUUUGUAUUGAGAAUGCUGUUGUUGUCAAUGCUGUGUUUUAUUCGAGUUUGAUUGAUGGACUUGGAAAGGCAGGGAGGGUUGAUGAAGCUCAGAAGGUGUUUGAUGAAAUGGCUGAGCAGGGAUGUCCCCCGGAUUCGUAUUGCUACAAUGCACUUAUCGAUGGACUGUGUAAGUGUGGGAGGAUAGAUGAUGCUCUUGGGUUGUUUAAGAGGAUGGAGCACGAUGGUUGUGAGCAGACUGUGUACACGUUUACCAUACUUAUCAGUGAGCUUUUUAGGGUGCAUAAGAAUGAAGAGGCGUUGAAGAUGUGGGAUUUGAUGAUUGAUAAAGGGAUAACACCGAAUGUUGCUUGUUUCAGGGCUCUUUCGAUUGGACUGUGUCUUUCGGGGAAGGUUGCAAGGGCUUGUAAAGUGUUGGAUGAGCUUGCACCGAUGGGGGUUGUUCUUGAAACGGCUUAUGAAGAUAUGAUUGGAGCGCUGUGUAAAGCCGGUCGCGUGAAGGAGGCUUGUAAGUUGGCCGAUGGAAUUGUGGAUAGAGGUAGAGAAAUACCUGGGAAGAUUAGGACUGUGAUGAUUCAUUCAUUGAGGAAAGCUGGGAAUGCUGAUUUGGCUAUCAAGUUGAUGCAUAGCAAGAUUGGUAUCGGGUAUGAACGAAUGCGGAGUGUUAAAAAAAGAGUGAAGUUUCAAACCCUCGUAGACAGUUGAAUUCAUUAUAAUAUUUUAGGUAGAUAUAUGUGGCACUUGAAAACUGGUAAAUAGUUAACUUCAAGAUGUAGUAUUUACCCCAAAUGUGGAAUUAUUUAUAAACUCAACAAGAAUGGAAGUAAUAAUAACUUAUAGUUGCUUGGAGUCGGUCAAACCAUUGGGGCUGGUCUCACCAAAAUACAGAUAAAUAAGAAAGCCAUACUGUACUUGUCUGAAUGAUGUGAUCAUUCCUAAUGUUGUACAAUUAUUGUCAUUCUAAAAUAAACCUCGUAUGCUGUAGCUUGAUUGAUUAUGUACCGUGUCUCAGACGCAGGAGUCGUGAAAAUGUUGGGAUAUGUUGACAUGAAUAUAUCGUUGGUUGCUUUAGUAAUUCUCAUGCCCUGUGACAACUUUGGAGAAUUUAUGUAGUAAUUGGAUGGUUGCUGACUCGUGCAAUGAUACAAUAGUUUUUUAGGACUGCCAUUUCAAGCUAACAUAUGGAGUGUAGCACGUUGCUUUAACUUCCAAAUUCCAAUUGAGGUUACAAUAGUUGUAGCAUGAUGAAAUCCACAUUAUCUCUACCUCUCCAAACCCAAGUUUUCUUCCGGCCAACCACCCUCCCUCGUUUUCCUUCUCUCUAAAUUACUCAAGCCUAUGCGAUGGAAAUAUCAAAUGACUCUGGCACUAAGAAACCAAAAAGGUUGACAUCUGUUGUCUGGAAUCACUUUGAAAGGAUUAGAAAGGCUGACAUAUGUUAUGCUGUUUGCGUGCAUUGUAACAAGAGACUUAGUGGAUCAAGUAAUAGUGGAACUACUCUUCUAAGAAAUCAAUUGAUGCGAUGUCUGAAAAGAUCGAACUUUGAUGUUUCUCAACUACUUACAGUAAAUGGAAUGAAAAAAGAUAAUACUGUCAGCCUAUCAAACAUUUGUUUUGAUGAAGGUCAGAGGAAAUAAGAAUAUAUAAACAAAUUAUGUGGCAGGAUUAAUCUCUAUCGAAAUGUGGUCUUCGACAGAAAAUGCCUCGUAUUUGUGUCUAUCUGCACAUUAUAUUGAUGAAAUAUGGACAUUGCAAAAGAAAAUUUUGAACUUUCUUACACUUGACUCUUCUUACACUGAAGACUUGCUUCCAGAAGUGAAUAUCAAAUGUCUUGAUGAAUGGGAUAUUGACUGCAAGCUAUUUGCAUUGACUCUUGAUGAUUGUUCCGUUGAUGAUGACAUCACUCUACGAAUCAAAGAGCGAGUUUCCGAGAAAAGGCCUCUCUUAAGUACUCGACAAAUACUUGAUGUACGCCCCGCAGCACAUCUCAUAAUUUCCAUUGUUCAAGAAUCAAGAUGCCAUGGUUGCAUUGCAAGCUGCGAUGGAUCUCAACGUGUUGGGAUCAACUCUCAGAAAGCCUUAUUUCUUGAUAAUCCACUUCACUGGAAUUCUACAUAUAUCAUGCUUGAAACUGCACUAGAAUACAGGAGUGUUUUUUUCAUUUUUCCAAGAACAUAAUCCCUCCUACUCAUCAACUCUAUCCGAUGAGGGAAUGGGCUAAUUCUGUCACUGGAUAUUUAAAACUCCUAGUUGAAAUUAUGAAUCUCAGCCAACAGAUUUCCCACAAUCAAUAUUCUUCCCUGAGAUCUGUGACUUCUCAUAUUCAAUUAAUUGACUGGAGCAGAAGUUCCGACAAUUUUAUUUGUCUCGUGACUUUGAAGAUGAAAGCCAAAUUUGAUACUGGAACAAAUGCAGUUUAGCAUUAGCUUUAGCUGCAGUCCUAGACCCUUGGUUUAAAAUGAAGUUGAUCGAGUACUACUACUCCCUGAUAUAUGGAAGCACUGCUCUGGAACGUAUCAAGGAAGUUUCUGACGGUAUCAAAGAACUUUUUAAUGCAUAUUCUAUCUGUUCAACAAUGGUUGAUCAAGGGCCAGCCUUGCUUGGAAGUAGCUUACCAAGCACUAGUUGUGGUGGCAGGGAUAGACUAAAAGGCUUCGACAGAUUCCUUCACGAGACAUCACAGAGUCAGUCGAUGACAUCAGACUUGGACAAGUAUUUAGAGGAACCGAUCUUUCCUCGUAAUUCUGAUUUUAACAUAUUGAACUGAUGGAAAGUCCACAUGCCAAGAUACCCAAUUUUGUCUAUGAUUGCACGGGAUGUUCUUGGGACCCCAAUGUUUGACUCCAAAAUCUUCUCGCAGUUCGCUAAACCCAGACACAACGAGAGGCUUUGGUGUGCACGCAAGCUUGGCUCCGAAAUGAAUCAGGAUGGUAUUUCUUGCUUGAUUGAUGUAUUUUCUCAACCCUUAGAAUAAUGAUAAGUUCCUAAUUGGUGGCUUAUUUCAUGUGUUUGUCUUACUCUAACAUCUUUAUCAGAUUUAAACCUAUCCCUAAUCCAUUCUGCUCCUCCACCCCUUCUCCUUGAAUCAAGUUAAUUUUACCCAGGUAUUCUUCUGUGAAACUUGUAUCAUAUGUUUUUAAUCUCUCCAAUCUCCGUGUUUAUUUAUGGGCAAUGUCAGGUCGUACAAAAGAAGCUAUCUUAGAAUUAAGAAUUGUUAACUGUACUGUUCUCCUAUGUCAUUUCUUACUGGGAAGUGAUAUAUUGAAAAUAUUAAGAAGCAAUGUAUAUUCUUAGAGUACAGUAGAUUUUUCAUAUAAUAAAGUGAAUUCCUCAUAUCUGAUGCACAAUUGUUAUCACAAUUGUUGUUAUAAUAAAGAGAAGUCCUCAUUUUCUAUGCACAUUUUUCAUUCAGUUCUCUUUGGCAACCCUCUGUGUUAAGUUCUCUUUGGCAACCCUCUGUGUUAAGUUCUCUUUGGCAACCCUCUGUGUUAAGUUCUCUUUGGAGCUAAAGAUUAGGAAAAGUGUGAAAUCUUCAUAUAUUGUAAAUUGGCUAAACAAUCAUCCCAAUAUCUGAUGCAUAAUGGUUAUCAUAUUUAACAAACCAAAUAGCAUAAAGAUGACUAAACAAAGUAAAUCACAAAGCGGUAGGAUUGUGUCAAUGGAGCAUUUUUUUUUUUUUUUUGGUACAUUUCAAUGGAGCAUUGCUAUUCAUUUAUUUAUGAACUAAAUACUUUUCACUUUUCAAUUUGAUUACAUAUCAUACACCCGUACAUACUCUUUAGACGUCCAAUUAAUACAUCUUUGAAACUAAUACAACAGGUUAUUAGAGACUCUAAACUAUGUUACCAGGACUCCUACACCAAAUCUAAAGGAUAAUAGAUGCACUAAGGCUAUUGCAUAGCAAUACAAGGACAUUUCUGGUACGACGACCAUGGAAAUGCAAAGGCAGGCCAUGGGACACUAAAGAUAAAACCAUUACAAAUCUUAAAAAUCUUAAACCCACAUGUUUAAUGAAAUUAUGGCAACAACAAAUAUGAAGCACAUUAGACUGGUGAUAUUAUAUAGUUCAUAAUCUUGGUAAAGAUCUGAACUAUAAAAUCCAGAAACAGCUUGCCCUAGGCUAUAAAAUUCGGAAACAGCUUGACCGGGACAUAGGUCCCGGUAUAUGCCAUUGCCUUUUCCACAAUCUAAUUGGUUAUGCC